AUGGGGAUCGGCAUGAGCAGCGGCCGGCAGUACUUCGCCGGCCGGACGCUGCCGCUGUUGGCUGUGCAGAUGCUUCUACAGUACGGCCCGGCCGACGCAAGCCGCCCGCCCUUGACGGCCGCGCUGGUCGCCGCCAACGCGCUGGUGUACUUCCGCCCGGGCGCCGUCGACACGCACCUACCCCGGCUCCGGCACGUCAUGUUCAACCCCCAUCUCAUCAUCAAGUUCGGCGACCUGAGACGUUUCUUCCUCUCAGCUUUCUACCACUUGAGUGAAGGUCACUUCUUCAUGAACAUGGCUUCUCUCUUGCGCACGGGGGCAAAGCUUGAAACAUCAAUGGGCAGUCCCGAGUUUGCUUGCAUGGUGGUUUCCUUGCUUGGCCUUUCUCAGGGCUUCACACUGCUCUUGUCUAAGGGCUUGCUUUCGCUCGGCAACGACAUGGCGUAUUAUCAGUAUUCUGCUGGAUUUAGUGGAGUGCUGCUUGGCAUGAAUGUUGUGCUGAAUGCCCGAGAAGGCGAUGUUGUCUGGCAUGGGGUGACCGUUCCUGCAAAGUAUGCGACAUUGCUUGAACUAGUACUCGUCCAUGCUUUCAAUCCGGAGGCGCACUUGAUUUGCAAUGUUGGUGGGAUACUUGCUGGCCUGGCCUACCUUUUACUGAGGCACGGUCCAGAACGUCUCGUUCCUAUGUUUUCAGGCAUUGCAGACGUCGUGAGUCAGCCGGCGAGAUUUGCUAAGAAACUUCUAAGGCCAGCAGCACAUAUUCGGGGGAGCAGUGUCCGGCGCCAUGUUGCACCGGCGCAAGAAGAGGUUGGGCAAGGUAUGCGGUGGAGAUGCAUAACAUGUUCUUGUGACAACUCGCGUUACACAGAUGUCUGUGAGAUGUGCAGCACUCCGCACCCGGACCAUGCCUUUUCCCGCAGACGGCAUCUCCAAGACGAUGGAAACAACGAGCUCUCAGUCGAGGAGAUCCGCCGUAGGAGGCUCGAAAGAUUUGGAGGAUGA